AUGGCUUCUUUCUCUUCCACUGUUGUCACUGCAACUCUCAAGCUCCACCCACACUUCAGAAAAUACCCGCCAAGCUCCUAUCCAACGGAGAAGGGUCAAAACAUAUCUUUCCAGAAAAGCCACAGAUUAACGAAUUUGGAUUUUCGGGAAGCACUUUCAUUGACCAGAGAGGGAACAGAGGAGGUAGAACAAUCUUUCUACUUUCCCUUGUUGCAACAAUGCAAAGACAAGUGCUCCAAUUCAGACACACAAAUUGUUCAUGGUCAUGUCAUGAAAACGGGUGCUCAUGAAGACGUUUAUGUCAUGUCAUUUUUGGUCAACGUUUAUGCUAAAUGUGGGAACAUGGAUGAUGCUCGCAGGGUGUUUGACAACAUGCCUAGAAGGAACGUGGUAGCAUGGACCACGUUAAUGACAGGUUAUGAGCAGAACUCGCGGCCAAAGCAGUCCAUUCAUGCUUUUCAAGAGAUGUUGCAUGCAGGAAGUUUCCCUUCUGCUUACACUCUCGCUGUUAUUCUAAAUGCUUGUGUUUCUUUGUACUCUCUGAAGUUAGGAGAUCAAUUCCAUGCUUACAUAAUCAAAUACCAUGUUGAGUUUGACACCAAUGUUGGCAAUGCGCUUUGUAGUCUAUACUCCAAAUGUGGCAGGUUGGAUUAUGCUCUGAAAGCAUUUAGGAGAAUCAAGGAGAAGGAUGUAGUUUCAUGGACUUCAGCUGUUUCUGCUUGUGGGGACAAUGGUGCAGCUGUGAAAGGGUUGAAACUCUUUCUUGAGAUGAUUUCUGAGAACAUAAAGCCUAAUGAGUUCACUUUAACCAGUGUCUUGAGCCAGUGUUGUGGAAUUCAGUCUCUAGAAUUUGGGAAGCAGGCUCAUACGUUGUGUGUUAAGUUUGGAUAUGAAUCAAACCUACGUGUUAGGAAUUCUUUGUUGUAUUUGUACAUUAAAAAUGGUUGUAUUGGUGAGGCUCAAAGGUUGUUUAAUGGAAUGGAUGAUGUCAGUUUGGUUACAUGGAAUGCAAUGAUUGCUGGGCAUGCACAGAUGAUGGAACUCACAAAGGAUAAUCUUUCUGCAUGCGAAAGUGGAAGUGAAGCACUGAAAUUUUUCUCCAAGUUGAACCGGUCGGGCUUGAAACCUGAUCUGUAUACAUUGUCUAGUGUCUUGAGUAUUUGUAGUAGAAUGGUAGCUUUAGAGCAAGGGGAACAAAUUCAUGCACAUAUUAUGAAAGCUGGAUGCUUGUCGGAUGUGAUUGUAGGUACUUCACUGGUUAACAUGUACAGUAAGUGUGGUAGCAUUGAGAGGGCCAGCAAAACAUUUCUUGAGAUGCCUACUAGAACUAUGAUAUUAUGGACUUCUAUGAUUUCUGGUUUUUCACAGCAUGGUAUGUCACAACAAGCAUUGCAUCUUUUUGAGGAUAUGAGACUUGCAAGAGUUAAACCAAAUGAAAUAACUUUUGUGGGUGUUUUAGCAGCAUGCAGCCAUGCUGGAAUGCUCAGUCAAGCAUUCAACUACUUUGAGAUUAUGCAAAAGAAAUAUAAAAUUAAGCCUGUUAUGGACCACUAUGAUAUCAUGGUUGAUAUGUUUGUGAGGUUAGGUCGGGUGGACCAAGCUCUGAAUUUCAUUAAGAAAAUGGAUUGUGUGCCUAGUGAAUCUAUUUGGUCAAACUUCAUUGCUGGUUGUAGAAGCCAUGGGAAUCUGGAAUUGGGGUUUUAUGCUGCUGAACAGUUACUAAGUCUCAAACCAAAAGAUACGGAGACAUAUGUAUUGUUGUUGACUAUGUACCACUCAGCUGGGCGUUUCGAGGAUGUUUCAAGGGUGAGGAAGAUGAUGAAAGAGGAGAAUGUUGGACAAUUGAAGGAUUGGAGUUGGAUUAGUGUUAAACACAAAGUGUAUUCGUUUAAAACCAAUGACAACACACACGCAGAGAGUUCACAAAUAUGUAAAUCAUUGGAAGAUUUACUUGCCAAAGCGAAAAAUCUUGGAUAUAAGAUGCUAGAAAGUGUGGAAAUACUUGAUGAAGAGAAGGGGGAAAAGACAUCCUCCCCUACCAUUUAUCACAGUGAGCAAUUGGCCAUUACAUUUGGGUUGGAGAACUUUCCAAAUUCUUCUCCAGUAAGAGUUGUCAAGAGUACCUUAAUAUGCAGAGAUAGUCAUAAUUUUAUUAAGUAUGUCUCAACACUGAGUGGUAGGGAAAUCAUCGUUAAAGAUAGUAAGCGGCUUCACAAAUUUGUCAAUGGAAAAUGCUGUUGUGGAAAUUUUUGUGGUUUUCUCUAA